GAACUAUAUAUUAUAAAAAUUUUUAAAUAAUUAAUUUAUAAAUAAAUAAAAAAUUAUAAUGAAUAAUAUUUAGCCAAGAACUAGAGAAGAAAGAGGUGCAAUAAAAGACAAAGAAGCAAUGGAAAAAAUAAGAAUUAAUUAAAGAGUUGGAUAUGAAACAAGAAAUACAAAUGUUAAAUAGCUUUUACAUAAUUCUGAUCCUACAUCAACAUUAUUUAUUCCAGAAAAUCAAAGAUUUGAUAAAGAUUUUGCUGUAUAUGAUAAAGCUUUAAGAGAACAAAAAUUUUAAUAAAAAGAAUUUUAAUAAGAAAAACAUAGAUUAGUUGCUUUAGAACGUGACUAAUUUAGAUGGAAAUAAAUUGAAGAAAAAGAUAUAAAAGAAUAAAAAAAACUUGAACAUAAAGGACAUGUACUUGUCACAUGCAAAAGAAAUACAAACGGUUAACCAUUUAACCCUAUUACUUUAGAAUAUGAAAAAAGUUAAUAAGGAGAAAUUUUAAAAACCUAGGAUGAAAAAUAAAUGGUAAGAGGUUUAGUUAGAGCUAAAAAUUUAGAUAUUCAUAGUAAUUGUGGUUAUGAUAUUUUUACUGGAGAAGAAAAAUUGGAAUUGAAAAUACAGUUCCUAAUCACUUAAAAUAAUAGUAUUAAUAAAAAUUAAAUAAAUUAAAUGAAUAAAACGGAGUAAUAUUAAAAGGAAAAAAUGAUUAUUAUAUAUUGGUUUUAAAUACAGAUUAAAUUUCAUUAUUUAGAUUAAAUUAAAUAUAUAAAUAUAUAUUAUAAUUAAUGA